GCUCCUGAUAUCUGUACAGUGUCCUAUUUCUAAUUUCUGGAUCUAAAAUGAUCAUGGCCCAGAUACACACCUAGAAAAGUACUUUAUAGCAAAAGUUUGUAGUUACCUUACCAUGACACCCACAUACUUUUUAGUAUACCACAUGUACACAACAUACUCAUUUCAAAUUAUGUCCACCUUUUGUUGUUCUAAUAACCUCCAUUUUUCUAGGAGGGCUUUCCAUUAGACUUUGGAGCAUGGCUGUGAAGAUUUGUGCUCAUUCAGCAGAGCAUUAUUGAGGAGUUGGUGUUCCAGUUUAUCAAAACAGUUGUUCAGUGGGGUCCAAGCUGCAACAGGUUUGGGGGUUGUCAUUCAUAUGAAGGGAAAUCUUAAUGUUAUAGUAUUCAAACACAUUUGAUACAACUAUUUUGACCUUUUUUUAAAAAUAAAAUAAAAUUAUGAAACAGGACCUUCAUGAAAGUUGUAGUGAAUACCUGUGCUCUUCGCACUUUUUGUGGAAAGCCAAUGUAGAUGCAAACUCAGUGAUGAAAACUCAUAUUACUUCAUAUUACCAAGAUGAAGUAGUUGACAAAUGACCAAUGGAGAGACAACAUAAAGAGGCAAACCUAAGGAGACUUAAGGUGUAUGUUUUUUCAUUAUUAAUACGCCUCAAAGUUUUACAGGGUCGCUAAAAAACGUGAGUAGAUAAUCUGAAUUUUUUGGAGUGACUUGUGGAAAUUUUUGUUUUGGCUGAAAUGAGUAAUAUAUAGUUUUUUAUUACUGCUGUGGGUCUACUCUUCUUGUUUUAUUUAUACAUUUUUCGUGGACUUUACCACAGUAAGAGCUAAUUUUCCUUCCUCUAACGCCCUCAGUAAUGUCCAUGUGACUACUGUAGUGAGAAUGGGGUUCUCUAUGGGGCACAGCGUGACGUUUGGACGCCAUUUGGCUUGUACGCUGUUUGGGACGUAGAGCCAUGCUCGUAUCCUUCUGACUAAUCAGAUCCGCGCGCUCGGAGUCCAUCCUCCCUGAGCACGACGCUCUUUGGUUUCCUGGUUGUGGGCGUUUCCUAUUUGCAGUUCAACCAAUCAGGAUGAGGUUCUCUCCUGCACGCUGCUCGCUCCCGACAGGAUCCUAAGGCCGCUGCUUGAUCAAACACGGUUAUAAGGUGUAGAGGAUCUGUCAGUAGAACCAAACAGUAUAUUCGGACAAGCCUGCGGCUGUGACUUUGAACAAUCACACAAGGGAAUCAGUUGUUGUGGUGCACUUCAGGCAAUCAUCUUCCGCCUCUCAUAAGAAAGGCUGCAUUUUUUCCAAGGUCAGCUGAUCCAACAGGAGUCCAGCACUAAUAGAUAGUGGACACUGACACCUGUGGAGCCGGGGAGCGGCAGGCUCGGGCGCAGCAGAAGCUCUUCACUAUGGAUGUGGAUGAGGAAGAGAAUAUGAGUUCCUGCAGCACCGACGUCAAAGAAAACCGCAACCUGGACAACGUCUCCUCCAAGGAGGGGGCAAGUAUGCCCGAACAGCUCCCCAACGGCAGCGGAGGAGGCGGGCGGAAGCGCCCCUUGGAGGAGGGCAAUAAUGGUCAUGCACACCCCAAGUUCAGGCCCAAGAAGCGUAAGAAAACUCCAGGGCCAGUUCUUCCAAAGAACGCUCUUAUGCAGCUUAAUGAGAUCAAGCCUGGUCUGCAGUACAAGCUACUUUCUCAGACUGGGCCAGUCCAUGCCCCUGUAUUUGUCAUGACUGUUGAGGUGAAUGGGCAACUUUUUGAAGGUUCUGGCCCCACUAAGAAAAAGGCAAAGCUGAACGCAGCUGAGAAAGCACUACGCUCUUUUGUGCAGUUCCCAAACGCUUCAGAGGCGCACCUGGCCAUGGGUCGAACACUCACCAUCAACACAGACUUCACCUCAGACCAAGCCGACUUUCCCGACAUGCUCUUUAAUGGCUUUGAGACUCCUGCGCCCCAGGAGGACUCUUUUUACCUGGGCUCAAACUCCAAUGGUUCCCUAAACCCACUUGGAGAAUACCCAAUUCCCCCAGUGACUGGUACCAACAGCUUGGCCCAAGCCCCGCUGCUUCCUCCCUCCACUUUUAACACAUCGUCCAGCGGAAAGAACCCUGUCAUGAUCCUGAAUGAACUGCGGCCGGGCCUGAAGUAUGAGUUCGUGUCCGAGAGUGGCGAGAGCCACGCUAAAAACUUUGUCAUGUCCGUGACCGUCGACUCCCAGACCUUCGAGGGAUCAGGGAGGAAUAAAAAACUGGCCAAGGCUCGUGCCGCUCAAGCUGCGCUCUCUGCUCUCUUCAACAUGCAGCUGGACCAGACACCAUCUCGCCAGCCAAUCCCCAGAGAGGGCCUACAGCUACACCUGCCCCAGGUUUUAGCAGAUGCCGUCUCACGUCUCGUUGUGGACAAGUUCAGCGAGCUCACUGACAACUUCACCUCCCCUCACGCACGGAGGAAAGUGCUGGCUGGGGUUGUCAUGACAACAGGCACUGACGUGAAGGAGGCCCAGGUGAUCUGCGUCUCCACUGGAACCAAGUGCAUAAAUGGCGAGUACAUGAGCGACCGUGGCCUGGCACUUAACGACUGCCAUGCUGAAAUCAUCGCCCGCCGCUCUCUGCUUCGCUACCUAUACAUGCAGCUGGAGUACUUCCUCAGUAACUGCAAAGAUGAGCACGAGAAGUCCAUUUUUACCCGGUGUGAGAAACAUGGCUACCGGCUCAAGGACAACGUUCAGUUUCACCUGUACAUCAGCACGUCACCAUGUGGAGACGCUCGCAUCUUCUCCCCACACGAGGCAGGCGUAGAAGAUCAGGGAGACAGACACCCGAACCGGAAAGCUCGGGGUCAACUGAGAACUAAGAUCGAGUCGGGCGAGGGCACCAUCCCAGUGCGUUCCAACAACACCAUUCAGACAUGGGAUGGAGUUCUGCAGGGGGAGAGACUUCUCACGAUGUCGUGCAGUGACAAGAUCGCCAGGUGGAACGUGGUGGGAAUCCAGGGAUCGCUGAUGAGCUACUUCACUGAGCCCAUCUACUUCUCGAGCAUCAUCCUGGGCAGCCUGUACCACGCUGAUCAUCUCUCUCGAGCCAUGUACCAGCGCAUCGCAGACAUCGAACACCUGCCCCAGCAAUUUACCCUCAACCGACCCCUGCUCAGUGGAAUUAGUAAUGCCGAAGCACGGCAGCCAGGAAAAGCUCCUAACUUCAGUGUGAACUGGGCAGUGGGUGACCAAGCUUUAGAGGUCAUUAACGCCACCACGGGUAAGGACGACAUGGGACGGCCAUCUCGUCUCUGCAAGCACACGCUCUACAGCCGCUGGGUUCGACUGCACACAAAGCUCUCGUCCUCCCUGCGGAUCAAAGUGGCCAAGCCGAGCUCAUACCAUGAAGCCAAGCAAGCAGCAGUGGAGUAUCACGACGCCAAGCAGACGCUCAUCAAGUCCUUCCAGAAAGCAGGAUUGGGGGCCUGGGUGAAAAAGCCUAUAGAACAGGACCAGUUCUCUCUGAGCUCCUGAAGGAGACACAAGAGGGACAGAGCAGAGAUUUGAAUGACAUGACUACAACCAGCUGUUGAUACUUCACUUGAUGUGUGUAUGCGCGUGUGUGUAUGCGCGCGCGUGUGUGUGUUUGACUGUGUUGAUUUCCAGCCAGUCCACAGCCCUUUAGUCUCACUUACAUUGUUCUCAUCACUGUCACUAAUCCCAUUUUCACUUCUAAUGUAGUCUGGGCUUGGCCAUGUUUGUGGUCUUAACGUCAGCCCAGAGCUCGGAAUAGGAUGCGGUGUUCUGUUUUACAACUGGAAAAUAAAAACGUUUGUCACUUUAUUCCUCGUAAAAAUGGGUUAGGAUCGCUUGCAACCCAGCGUGCUCAUGUGUGGUGGCCUCAGAUUGAUUACGUAGGUUUUAUACUAAUCACGUCUCUUGUAAUUCAGUGUCCGUUACUGUUUUGACCCAUCAUCCCUCUCUCAUAUUCCGUUACCAUUUUUAAUCAAGACUGCACCUUUUUACCUCGAUUGUUUUUUUAAAUAUCGGUUGUUUCCUUAGCGUUGCUUUCCCCAUACGAGUAGUUUAGUGAACAGAUUAUUUUCUGCAGGUCAGAUGUACUUGUGUUCUCCCCUUUAAAUCUGAGUUUUUUUGAACAUGCUGGAAUCAAGUAUUCAGUUGAAUCUAUAAAAAACAGCCAAAGUUCAUCGUUCUGGCUCAUCUUUACGCUUUUCGUAUCAUUAACAUCUCUGUUGCAUGUUGUAUAGUGUGCUCUUGUGCACAUUGCUCUGAACAGGUGCCCUUUUGUUUGUUUGGUUAGUUGGUUUUGUUCCUGGGCAAAAUGUAGAAGUCUUGAUGAUGAAGCUGCCUUCUUUUGACCGUUUUAGAAGUUUAGGCGUUUAGGUACUUUUACAGAAUGAUGUCUCGUCCUUUUUUAAUACUGCAUGGAGAACAUUUGCGUGUAAGGAGCUAUUUUUUUUUUUUAGCUAUUGCAAUGCGAGUCGAUUCAUUCGCAUUGAUUAAACGCAAAGGCGGUAAAAUACGAUAAACACGCUGCCUCGUGAUCGAACAAAUGAUGGCAGCGGUUCUCGCUUGUGCACGUUUAUUGUCUAAAACUGUCUCUCUGCAUGGAAAGAGUGGACGUUUUUCAGGGGUGAUUUAGAAACAGCCCUCAUGGUUUUCUAUUUGGGCUUUUUUGUUUGUUUGUUCUUCAAAUAUAUUGUGCCAUUGGGGUUUUUUGGGCACAAAUUGUCCAUAUUUGCUGAAUUCUGCUGUAUCCCUGCUACUGAAGUCUGCCUUCUUUAUGCAAGAUUCUUUUUCCUGCUGUUUUUUAAAGCUUGUGCACUCUUUGAUUAAUGACCAACAAACAGCAGCAUGUUCGACUGAUCCUGAAGUCAUAUUAACAGGGGCAUGAUUUAAAAUUGUUUUUUUUUUCCCUCAACACCGGGUUUUCCAAGUUAAAAAGGAGCCUCGCUGCCUUUUUCAUAGAAACAGACUAUGAUUUUAACCUUAUUUUUAAGGCAACAGCUUCAUUUGAUGAAGGAGAAAAGGAAGGUCAUGGCUUUAUAUUAAAAUCAAUGAUUCUGUGAAAAAAUUUCACAUUCAAUUGCUGUUUUUCACUUCUGUAAUCCAGCACAGUCACAUGACCUCUGCAGCCCAAACACCACUGGACUUUUAUCUGAUUCUCUCGCUAUGUAUGCAGAGAUGGUGUUACAUUUAAGUGUGUGUAUGUGUGUUCGUGUGUGUGUGUGUGAGCGUGAGCGUGUGCGUGUGUGUGCGCGUGUGUGUUAAGGUGUACGUGCACACACCUGCUGCUGAGCCCAACCGGCACUCUGUCGAGAUGUCAUUGCAACAGAACUUGGAGAUUGCUGUUGAAUCUUCACCAAAGAUGAUGUCUAUUUUCUUUUGGUUGUUUUAAGGUGUAAAAGUGUAAACUUUUAUUUUUUAAAAAAGAAAAACUUAUUAAUGCAAUGUUCAGUGGGUAUCUUAUAACCGGUCAUCAAGGUUUUGUAUAUUCAUUUACUAAUAUAUUUUGACUUUGUUUUACUGACUCUAUUCGUGUAUUUCUUUUUUUUUUUGCAGUGAUUUGAGAGCAGCUGCUUUUCUCUGUGUUUCUGUACCUGUUAGUUUACAACUGUAAAUAUUGUGAAACCUCUUUGUUGUUGCCAUGGACACACUGCAUAUAUUUCUGGUAGUUCUGAACGAGUGUUUCUCCAUCACAGAAUUCGCAUCUGCAGGAAGGAACGGGGAAAAAAAAGACCAGAAAUGUGUAUGGUAGUUUCUAUGCCAUUGUUUUCUUUUUGUGAAAUCACUUGUAUUGAUUCUAUGUUUUGACAGCAACAUUGUUUAUGUUCUAUUAGUUCAGCUGUCCUGACCCUGUACCUCAUACACAGAUAUAGAGAGAUUGAAAGAAGACAAAGAUUGUGUCCAACUCAAGAGUUGCCAGGCCUGUGUGAUAAUUAGUCUGAUACUUAAAGUGAAAAUUAUGAUUUUCCUGCUAUUAAAGUCCAAACUUACAAUUAGCACUGAUGAGUAACAGUAACAUUGUUUAUUUACACCAUCACAAAAACAUGCCUGGGGGUGAAUCAGUGACUCUAAAUUAUAUAAAUGUGUGUACACAAACAGUGUUUCUGGGAGAAGUUUGGAUUUACCAUGACCUUGACCAGGAUAAAAAAACACUUACGGAAUUGUUUAACCUAUUUUGUACAGGAACUGAAUGGUCUUGUAUUGAUAUUGAUCUCUAUCUAGAUUUUUAAGUAAUGAUAGCUGUGAGUGAGCAAAGCAGACUUCUACAAAAUAAUGAACCUUAGAGCAUUUUAGUUUUGCUGUAAAGGCACAAUCGCAGGCCUGGCAACCAGUUGUUGGUAUUGUUUUGUUUUUGUUUUUUUAAUCAUUAUGUACUUCUAAGUUAAACGUACUUCUUUAUUUUAUAGUCAAGAGAAACGAAUAGAGGGUAACCUUUUUGUCUUAUCUAAAGUCACCCAUCAUGCUUUCAUGCCUUUUUUUGUCUGUAACAUCCUGAUCGUCAAACCUGUAAUUCACACACUUCUACUCUUCUCUCUCAACUACCCAAGAUGUCAAUGGAUGAUGUCAUAAAACAACUCCCAGUCCCAAAAAAGGCAGGACUUAUUCUUUUUUUUUUUUUUUAUUUCCCCCAGUUGUUCUGGAACCAGACUGUGUUUCAGUCGAGUCAUGACUCCCGAUGUGUGACUCGGUGCUCUGGUUCUGGUCAGCCCUGUUCUGAGAGUGUUGUGAUUAGUUGACUGUACGGUGGGAUACAGUGGUGCUGUACACUGCCUCCUCCUGCGUGUCCUCUGUAAAAUCCAUACACAGGCCACCUGCAUGAGCUCCUCCACUGAAGCUGCACCCAGCAUGAUGACUAUAAAAGGACUUGUAUGUAGUAUAAAAAAAAAUACAUAGAUCUAUACAUAAAGGAGAAAAAAAAUAAACAAGAUAUUAGUUUA